CCCGACGGGUGAUAAUGGCCGUCGCCAGUGGCCUGUCAGUCCUCCUCUUCACAAUUGUUAUCGCCGUAUCGCUUUUGGGAUUCAACGGCCACCAUCGAGAACCGGUGGUGAUGCGCUGCCUGUUUACGGCCCAGAUGGUCGCCUGUCUGUGGCCAAUUUACAGUGGGUACCUCGUCAUCACCACCCAAACCGUCAACCAUAUCUCGCUUUUCGAGAUAUCGAAUGGCGUUUUAGCGAAGCUCGCCUGGCUGUGCUACGGGAUUUACCGGCACAACACACUUUUCAUCGUUCCACACGCUGUAAUGUGUGUCCUACUUAUGCUCCAAGUGAUGAUCUACGAAUCCGUCGCAAAUCACGUUGUCAACAAUCCAAAUCCCCAGGCUCUCCGUGAUAUGAUUGUAAGAGUGACGCCCGUCAACGAGGAUGUGUAGAUUUGUUAAGGAUGGAGCCCACGUGACAAUUUAAGGAAUUAAAAUUAAUAAAGUGUAAUAUUGUUA